GCGGAUUAAAGUGGAACAACGAUGAAUUUCCUGAGCACUUCCUGUGAAUGAAUUUAUUUCCAAGGUUACUAUAUAUACAUGUGUAGUAUUUAAACAUUCUUGGAAUUUCUCAAAAUAUGACAUGUAAAGGAAUUAGCAGUAUAUCCUUCAAAGCUAUAAAAAUAGCCAUGAUGUGGUACAGAAAUAUACAACUGCACAAACUGAAUGUAGUGCACUGAAUAGAACAUGGAUACCGAUUUGGAGGAUGAAGUCUUUUUAGAUGAUUAUCAACCUAGCCUGAAUACCAACUUAAAUAUAUAUGAUGAGGGAACCAGGUAUACAGAAUUAAGGCCAAAGUCCAUGAAUCAGAGCAGCAGUACAAAGUCCUUUAUCAUACUGGGACUCAUUUUUGUGACCUCAAUUCUAUGUCUUGGACUCAUUUAUCUCAGCUUUCCGAAUCUGGAUCAAGAUGAAAAGCAACAUAUUAAACUUCCCAGAAACAUAGAAGAUGCAAAGAGUUUAGGAAAAGUGUUGUCUCGAUAUAAAGACUCGUAUUACAACCAAGUGUUGGGAGGAUAUUUCAUAACCUAUAUAUUCUUACAGUCGUUUGCAAUACCUGGAUCAAUAUUCCUCAGUAUUUUGUCCGGAUUUUUAUUUCCAUUCCAUAUAGCCUUGUUUCUUGUUUGUUUGUGCUCAGGAAUUGGUGCGUCAUUCUGUUAUUUGCUAUCUUACCUUGUUGGACGAAGACUGGUUGCCAAAUACAUCCCAGAGAGAAUUGCAGAGUGGCAGUCACAUGUAAACAAACAUCGAGAGCACCUGCUUAAUUACAUUAUAUUCCUCAGGAUCACCCCAUUCCUCCCCAACUGGUUUAUUAACAUAGCCUCCCCAGUCAUCAAUGUUCCUAUUCUGCCAUUCUUUCUGGGGACUUUUAUAGGUGUUGCAGCACCUUCUUUUGUUGCCAUUCACGCUGGUACAACUCUACAUCAGCUGACAUCGUCUGGCGAUGCCGUUUCCUGGACUUCCAUUGGUGUAUUAGGAUUGCUUGCCCUUCUCUCGUUGGUGCCAGUUAUUAUGAAGAAAAAACUGCAGCAAAAAUUUGAUUGAUGGUAGUAGAAACUUAGAUCUCAUGUGUUUAUCUCAGAUUAUUAUAAAUCUAAGUUCCAUAUUUAUUUCUUAUUUAUGAGGGAUGGCGAUUCUUUUAUGCACAUUUUCUUGAUGAAUUUUUGGUUUAAUGAAUGUGUUCAUUUGAGUAUUUUACGGUGGACUCGUAUGUUUUGACAAUACAUGUAGAUAUGAUUAUACUGAUACAAACAACUAUUAAAUCUAGGUCAAUCAUUUGUGACAUACGAUGUUAAUAAGGAAUAUCAGGUAAAGGUGUGAUAUUUCUACCUCAGUAGAUAAUUGUUUUACUGAUUUCAGUUUUGUUUUUGAUUUUGAGAUGUAGUGGUGAUUGCCCAUUAAACAUUGCUCCGUAGAGGGAUUAAUGGAUUUUUGAAGGAUUCAUUAUUAUAAAUACUUAUUACAUGUAUCUAAUCUGUGCAAUAUUCCAGGAAAUAUUGAUAAAGCUAAGUGCUGUGUAUAGUACAUGUAUAUAUAGAUUUGUUUUAGUCUUACACUGCUAAUGCACCCAUAGAAAAUAAAUUUAGUAGUCCAGGAAGGAAACAUUUUUCUGGUGACUUAAGCCACUUAAUACAUACAAUGUUUACAGAAAAAUCACGACCACUGCAAAAUCAGUAAUGUCUGUGAAUAUUUGUUUAUAGAAAUUCAUGUAUAGUGCUAUGUGCAGUCUAUGAUACAUUUUCUUUAUGUAAGAUUUAAAUUAAAUUCAGAUUAUGAAGGUUUAUAAAUUAUCCUUUGGAAUAAACUGUAUAGCUUGUCGCUUCAUGUCGGAGUCCAAAUUUGUAUAGUACUGUACGUGAUUUGUUAAACAGGGGAUCAAUUGUUCUUCAUUGAAUAUCAAUUUUAAUGUAUUCUUCAGUAUAAUUGGAUUGAAGGAAAAUGGGAGUUUCGUACUUUCAAAUUUGAUAACCAGGGUGGAGGGGGGGGGGGGGCAACCAAACCCUCUGCUUACUGCUGGAAAAUCAUUAUAAAAGGGACUAAAACCAAGAAAAAGUGUACAGGCAAGCCACUAUGGGCUUUACCAGUCAUUCAAUCAAGUAAUGAGAAUGUUAGAAACUAUGGCAGUUUUAUGUUUUAAUCUUACUAGUUGUGAUGAGCAUGGUUAUUUUAAAAUCAACUGAAAACCACACAAAUCUUUUGAAUUAUUGUUUAGCGAUGAAACUUGAAAAUGAAUUGGUUCAUUGCGUCUUUUAUGUAGGCUAUGGUUUAGUCUUAUGGCUCUCUAGAAAUAAAGCACUGUGGCAUAAAUGUAGAUUAUUAUACUUUCAAGGGACCAGUGCAGAGCCCCAGAAGUAAAUCAAUUUUGCAUUUGUAUAUCAAAAGAUGAAAAGAACACUUUGAAUUCAAUAUACGUAUCAUUUCCAGUAUGCAAAUGUCAUCUGAUCGCAUGUUGUUAGUGCUUCAUUUGGUUUUGCUUUUGUUUGAUAUUGUCAUGUAUGAAUCUUCAGAAUUUGUUAUAUUGGAAGCAUAAACAGAAUGCUGGUACAAAAAAACAAAAAAAAAUUUUUUUUUUUAAAUCGUGUAAAAUUAUCAUAGAUUGUAUUUCUUAUUAUGAUUAUAAAAAUGUAUAUUCAAGAACUACAAAAGUCCAUAUUGUAUUGUGUUGUUGCUGUGUGUCGUAUUGUCUUGUUCUUACUACUACAUUGUACCAUGGAAUGAUUUAAAUUUGUAGGGGGCAAUUUUCAUGGAUUGUGGGAUAUUACCGUUUCGUCGGGGUGUAAUCUCGCGGAUUGUGGGAUAUUACCGUUUCGUCGGGGUGUAAUAUCGCGGAUUGUGGGAUAUUACUGUUUUGUCGGGGUGUAAUCUCGCGGAUGUGGUUUCUGUUCAUUGAAACAUUGUAUAAAUUGUGUAUUUUGUUGUGAUUUCCUAUACAUGGGAUACGGGUACCCAUGAAACCCAUAAAUAUGAGCCCCUACGAAAUUUAAUGAUUCCAUAUGAUUUUUAACUGAUUGAUGAUUUUUUUUAAAAUACAUGAACAAAUGAGUUCUAUUGGGUAAUAUUUAAUUUUGUAAGUAAACAUUUCAUUUUUAAAAGUGUAAUUAUUGUUGAAUUUGAAAAUAAAUCUCUUUGAAGUUUAUGAUUA